CUUCUCCAUCCCGCCAAUCUGCCCCUCAAUCGUUCCCACCAUCAUUACUUCCACAUCUCACCUUAGUCUUCAGUGUCGCCACACACGCAUGCUUCCAUCUCGUGGAUAGCGUGGCCCCAAAACAAAGAUACCCCGGGAUUCAGCUGGAAAACAAGCCACAAGCCAAGUCAGUAGAGCCACAGAUGCCAGCAUCUCAUCGACUGCACACAAUUCCCGUCACUUAUAUAUAACCCUCCCAGACGCCGCGCUUCCAGCAGUGUGGAAAGUUCCGAGUUAUCGGAAUAGUUCGUCCGUCACAUAUUGUCAGGCAAUCGCGACCAAGCCUCUCUAUACCCCCUAUCCCUUGAUCAUAUCAAGCCAUGCCUCAAAGUAGUCCUCAGUCCAAGCCGGUGGACGGUGUCGUCAAGCAUCGCGCGUGUGAUGAGUGCCGUUCGCGAAAGCUGGCUUGCACCAAGGAGCCUGAUGGCUGCUCACGCUGUAAGAGAGAGGGUCUGAGAUGUGUCUACUCGCCCCAAAAACAGAUGGGCCGCCCACGGAAGCGUAGACACGUCGAAGAGCCUGAGGAAGAGCCCCCCUUGGCCAAGCCUCAGACUGCGGACCAGCAGCUGCAGAUGCCACUCGUCACGCAAGCGACUUUAGACGCUGACUUCUCGGCUUUGUUCGCCCAAGACUACUCCAACAUCAAUUACCUCGACUUGCUCUCUCCUUUGGAAGACCUGCCGCCGUCCACGCUGCCGCCUGAGCUGUCGAGCCUUACCAUGGCCUACGCCGAGCCACGGUACUCAGCUGGAGAUUUUCAGUUUGGUGUCGGGGGCGUUGACCUGUUAGGUGGCAUCAACUUUGAUGAAAGUGACUCUACUGACGAAGACUUACCUCAAGAUAUCAACAACAGCUUUACUGACAUGCUCUUGGCACAUGUGCCCGGAACGGCGCCUAUUGUUUCCCCUCCCACAUCGUCCGAGAUAUCCCACACGCUCAGCACCAGCAUCAGCAUCCCCGAAUCGCCUUCUUCUGCCAACACAACCGCUGACGAUGGCAUCAACAAAGAGCCAGAGCCUGCUGUCAAACCGUACAACAACACAUCAUGUUCCUGCCUCUCUCAGAUCUUCCUCUCCCUGGACUCCUUAUCGAGGCUGCCAAACGACGUCAAGAUCGCCAUGGCCAUCGCCAGGUCAGCAGCUCGGGUGGCCCACGACGUUAUUCACUGUCCGGCGUGCAGCCUUACCGAUAUAACGAAGCCGCCACCGAUGCAAGCAUUCCAGAACACUAUGAUGCUUGGCGCCAUCCUCCCAUCAACUGCCAAUGCUUACGCCAAAAUCCUCGAGCUCAUUGAUAGCGAAGCCGCCCAGGCUAGGAAAGAAGGUAGAUGCAUAAAAUUCUGCUUCGCCGAAUAUGGUGGGCUCUGGGGCGAGUUGCGCAGGCGAGGCAAGACAUGCGGCGCCAUGGAUUUGGUUGACAACCGAGAAAUGGACCCGGACGAUUGGAGGCUUUCAGUCCGGGGGCUUCUGAAAAUUGACGUUUAUGGACAUGACUUUGAGAAGAAUAAUGGAACGGGGACUGCGGAGCCAUAUCAUCACCUCGGCCUCCGGGACGUCAUAAAAGAGAUGGAAGACAGGUCAAACAACCGACACAAUCAGUUGGAUGACAUGGUCGCUGCCGGGCUACCUCACCCCAUGCUGCAGACGUCCCACAACCUGAUGGUCCCUCAGGGGCAAACCGAUAGGAAGGAGGAUCGACACUGUUUGAAGAUUAUAGAGAUUGCGCGGGUUGCUCUGGACAAGCUGGUGAUUGCUUGAUUUUUGGAGAUUCCGAGUUUUUGGUCGCAGUGAACGGACACAGCGGCUCGUACACAUGCAACACGGCAAGCGCACUGUAUGGAGUAAAAAUAUAAACGCCAACGUGAAGAAAUUCUUGCGAGUGUUAAAUCCCAAGUCCCGGGAUAUGGAGGGAAUUGUGUUGAUCCCUACUAGUGGCCGCGAAGGGGUAGUGGGCCGAGAAAUUGAAGCAUUCCACUCAUCACCAAGCUUACCACAUCUCCCGCAUGAUCAUUCCAAC